AUGUUGACGCGGUUAUUCAGCGACGCGCAGAAGUUCCCGGGCUGGGCGGACGACAGCGGAAGCGACGACUCGAAGACGAAGGAUGAUGAGCACGAGCGGGGGUCGCGCGAGGACGAUGCGGACGACGUGUUGGGCGACGCCAAGAGCAGUAGUCGCGCGCAGUCGGAGAUCGCGGCGGAUGAAGAAGAAGACGAAGAUGACGACGACGACGAAGGCGCCGACGAAGACGAAAACGGCGACAGACCGCGAAAGCGCGGUCCCAAAAAGCGCCAGAUGACCCCGGCGCGCCUCGAGCGCUCCAAGUUGCGGCGGCAGAAGGCGAACGCGCGUGAGCGCACGCGCAUGCACGAUCUUAACUCGGCGCUCGACAACCUGCGCAAAGUGGUGCCUUGCUACUCAAAAACGCAAAAACUGUCCAAGAUUGAGACGCUGCGCCUUGCCAAAAACUACAUCUGGGCGCUCUCGGAGAUCUUGCGUAACGGAAAACGACCGGACGUCGUUUCAUACGUGCAGACAUUGUGCAAAGGACUCUCGCAACCGACUACGAACCUGGUGGCCGGAUGCUUGCAGCUCAACGCGCGGAACUUUCUUACUGACCUUUCGCAUCAAGAGAGCGCGGCAGCGCGCUUCCACGCACCCGACGCGUCCUUUGCCGCCGCCGCGCACGCCUACCCGUACCAGUGCGCGCGCCUCGCGGGCCCCCAGUGCCAGUCCGGCGCGCAUGGAUACUGCUAUGAACCCGAAUAUGCGGGCGGCAACGAUUACGACGCGCGACACAGCCCGACUCCCACUUGCGUCAACGGUGGAUUCGCGCUGCGAUCGCACGAGGCCGUGUCACCGGAAAUCGCGGACCGGGGAUACCAUCACUACUCCAUGCACUACGCGGCUGCGCGCGGCCUCGCCUAUGGCCCGUCGGGAGCUCGAGGAGGCGCAAGUGGAGGAGGUGGUGGCGGCGGAGGUGGAGGUGGAGGCGGUCAUUCGGAAAACGUGCCACCUUACCAUGACGUGCACGCGCACCACCACCAUCACCACCACGAGCGCGCGCCCGCAUACGAGGAACUGAACUCUUUUUUUUCAUAA